AUGGACUCGUCCGACAAUUCCAACGAUUGCCAGGGCGACAAGGACGACACAGGCGUCUCCGAGCCUGUCGCGCAGAUGCCGACGCCGGAGCCCGCGCCGCUGGACGUCCCGCAGCCUUCCACCCCUCCCGCGCAGGGCCGUGUGCUGUGCUCUGCCGGCUCUGCGGGCUCGUCGGAAAUCACGACGCUGUCGCUGUCGUCGCCGCCGCUGACGCCUCCGCCACGCCCGCAGGCUGCUGCUGCUGGACCGGCGCAGCGCACGCAGCGCAGCGCACACAGACGCCGUGUGCAAGAAGCUGGGCAGCCUGCAGCAGCAGAAGCUGAGAAAAAGAGAGCUGCUGCUGGAGAAGCUGAGCAAGGCCGUCAAAAACCGCAGGGACUACGUGGACCGCAAGCGGCUCGUAGCGUCGAGCACGGUGCGCCACAUCUGCUCGUCGGGCAGCAGCGACGACGGCCGCAGCCUGGAAAUGUGCGUAUCGCACGAGCAGGGCCCGUGCGCCCACGGCUUUGCCGACUCGUUCAGAAUUGUGGCUGGGCUCUCUGUGUGGGAGAACCUGCGAGGAGUGCCGAUCUUCGUCGACUUCGAGGACGCGGUCGCCAAGACAGACGUCGAGAACACGUACAGGUUCAUCAACAGCCGCGAGAUCGUGCGGCUGACGUCGUCGCUGUUUGCGGAAAUCGACGCGUCGAACGGGCGGGUGGACGCCUUUCUCCUGGCCCGGUGUUUCCUGUUUGGCUUCGCAAUUCUGGUCGAGAAAGACAAACACGAGCGGUACAACCGCGCGCCGAUGUACGCGGUGCGGCUGAACGCGACACAGCCGUUUUUCGACCGGCUGGCCAAGGACUUCCCGAACCUGAAGCAGCACCACCUGGACGACAGCUACUACGGGUUUCUUGUGGCGGAGCUGCACACCGCCACGUUCCAUGUGUGGAAGCUGUUCCAGCGGCUGGUGCAGCAGAACGGGUCCGAGUUUGA